GAGAGUGGACGGAUCGAGCGCUUGACGCAUAACCCCGCCUCCUCGGCUCAGAAGAUGGAAAUCCUGCCCUAGUUUACCACAUUCAGCGCACCUCGUUUACCAGGGUACCAGGGUUCGUUACUCCUUUACGCAUUCGUUCUCCAUUAAUCUCCUUUCAAGAUAGUAGAUCUUCUAAACGGAUUCUCCAGCACACCUGUGCCUCACAUGCGUUAAGUAUGUACUGCUGAGGGAUUUCUUAUUUUUUUUUAACCAAACGAGCUCCAGCUGUUGUAUCACCCCGGGCAUCAGAUCAUCCGUCACGUUCAUGAGAGGGACGACAGACAGCGCGAUGGACCCGCAAACCGCCUGCUGAUGUUCAGGGUCCACGAUGGAUUCCUGCGUGUCUACUUCAGCAUUCCCAUAUAACGGAUUCAUAAAUGGAGGAGGAGAGUGACAGCCGAAAAAUUAACAACAGCUUCCUUCGGGACCACAACUAUGCAACCGAAGCUGACAUCAUCUCUACUGUGGAGUUCAACUCUACCGGAGAGCUCUUGGCCACGGGAGACAAGGGAGGAAGAGUUGUGGUUUUCCAAAGGGAGCAAGAGAGCAAGAACCAGCCUCACAGACGUGGGGAGUAUAAUGUUUACAGCACGUUUCAGAGUCACGAGCCAGAGUUUGACUACCUGAAGAGUUUAGAGAUCGAGGAGAAGAUCAAUAAGAUACGCUGGCUGCCUCAGCAGAACGCUGCCUACUUCCUGCUCUCCACCAAUGAUAAAACUGUGAAACUGUGGAAGAUCAGUGAGCGGGAUAAGAGACCGGAGGGAUAUAACCUCAAGGAUGAAGAUGGAAGAAUCAGAGACCCGUCCACCAUCACCUCAUUACGGGUGCCAGUACUGCAGCCCAUGGACCUCAUGGUUGAGGCCAUGCCUCGGAGAGUGUUUUCCAAUGCGCACACGUACCACAUCAACUCUAUCUCUGUCAACAGUGACUACGAGACCUUCAUGUCCACCGAUGACUUGAGGAUCAACCUGUGGAACCUGGAGAUCACAAACAGAAGCUUCAACAUUGUAGACAUCAAGCCAGCAAACAUGGAGGAGUUGACGGAGGUGAUAACGGCAGCAGAGUUUCACCCACACCAGUGCAACACCUUCGUCUACAGUAGCAGUAAAGGCUCCAUACGUCUGUGUGACAUGAGGGCAUCAGCGCUCUGUGACAACCACUCGAAAUUUUUUGAGGAGCCAGAAGACCCAAGCAAUCGUUCCUUUUUCUCCGAAAUCAUCUCCUCCAUCUCAGAUGUUAAAUUUAGCCACAGUGGGCGGUACCUGAUGACACGUGACUACCUGACAGUAAAGGUCUGGGAUCUGAACAUGGAGAGCAAACCACUGGAAACCUAUCAGGUACAUGAUUACCUAAGAAGUAAGCUCUGCUCGCUGUAUGAGAAUGACUGCAUCUUCGACAAAUUUGAAUGUGUUUGGAAUGGAUCAGACAGCGUGAUAAUGACUGGUUCCUACAACAACUUCUUCCGAAUGUUCGACCGAAAUACGAAGCGUGAUGUGACACUGGAGGCGUCCCGGGAGAACAGCAAGCCUCGGGCAAUCCUGAAACCUCGUAAGGUGUGUGUGGGCGGAAAGCGCCGCAAAGAUGAAAUCAGUGUGGACAGCCUGGACUUCAGCAAGAAAAUUCUCCACACCGCAUGGCACCCUUAUGAGAACAUCAUCGCUGUGGCAGCCACCAAUAACCUUUACAUAUUCCAGGAUAAGGUCAACUAGCACAACUGUACCACCUCCACAUGUUCCUUAAAAGAGCAAGAAAAAGCUGUAGCCCAGCUGGAUAUUGCAGGGUGUGUUUUGUGAUGAGAAACAUGAAGUUACCUAUGAUGUGGGGAGAAGUAUGAACAGAUGAUGCUGGAGAAGAAGGCCAUGUUGUGCAAGGAUGCUCCCAGACUUUUGCGAACAAGCAUCCUGCCCUGCUCAAUCAUUCUUCCACUAUUAAGUAUCUGCAUUUCCUCUUCCACGAACUCUAGUUUAUUUAUCGUAUUUAUUCAUUCCUCUGCUGGAAGAAAAUACCUGAAACGUCCUAAAUCUGGAGAAAUUUGCAUUUUCAUCACAAUGAUAUGAAGAAUUUUUUAUAAGGCAAAAACAAACCUUGAAUAAGACGGGCCUCCGCUGACAUCCUGGCAUCAGAAUCAAAGGGGUGCCUUUACUUACAAAAAACUAUGGAUUUUCAUUUCCUUUGAAACACAAUGCCCCCCGACUUCCUCCGAAGUGUCUGACUGAUCCGUAACAGACUAAGACUGUUACUUUGCGCUGAUUGUAGUGUUGAGACAAACAAUCUGUGGAUGGAAUCACAGCAUUUAGUGUCCUGAUUGGCCCUCUUGAAUGGAGCCCUGAAGUAAAAGUCAAUCCCAUUGGUUAUGUCUUGUCAUUCCAUGUUGUCCUCUUAUUUUGAUGUAACCAUUAAUAAGCUGUGGUGCCUUCUUUUCGUAUGUGGGUACUGGGGAGGCUGGUGGGUGGGAGGGCUUUUGGAAGGGUGGUAUUUGGGUUGUGAAGUGUGAAUGUUUUUACAAGAAAUGUGAAGAAUAUCUUUGUGUAAGAAGGGGAAAGAAUUGCAGCGACGUGAUUUUACAGUACACAGAAUUGAAGUACUUGAAUUCUGCAUUAUAGUCUCCACUUUAUCUCAGUAUGCUCAUGACUUAUACAUGACAGUAUACCCUGUUUUUUUAUUCUUCAGUGCCGUGCUGGGUGAAAAGUAUUGCCGUAUUGCAUGCAACUUGUCAUCUAUAAUGAGCCAAUGAAGAAAAUAUAUGUCCCGCACCAUCAAAUGAACCUGUAACAAUCAGAUGUCAUUUUUUUUACAUGGUUUCUGCUGCAUCUGUCUGAGACUGUUAAAACAUCAUCAUUCAGUUACUUUGGCCUGAGGAUGACAGGAAUGCCGGUAUCAUGAUGUAGCCUAUACAUGACGUGAAGGUUAAAUGAUAUCAGGGAAUUUUAUUAUGUACAAAUUAACCAAUAAUGUUCUCUUCUGAAGAAUAAAAACUUCAGUUGUAAACUUCUUAAUGAAACAAAGUUUUAUAGCUCAGAAUGUAUCUACACCCAAAUAUUUGCCAUGCAGUCUUCAUGUUUAAUGCAAUUCGUUUAAAUAAAAAGAAACGAAAAGGAA